ACAGCUUGUGUGUACCGAGCGGACCCGAUUCCCGAACGGUGUAUACUUGUUACUUCGUUCCCUUGCACAUCACAAUCCCAUCUUCGCUUCGGCAACUAUUUUUUUGCGGUUUCGGCGCCAUCUUUACUUGCUUUUAAAGACUUUUGGGGCUGACGCCAAGUGUGUCGACUCCCACCCCAGCCCUGAACCUGUGUGGUAGCGGUCUACUAGUCUUCACCUGCAUCGACUGCACAAUCUCUCCAUUUCCACCUUAACAACCGUGCUGGAUUCUGGAACAAUAUCUACAUACCCCACGAUUUCUCUCAACUGUACUUCGCGCUCGCCUCAUCCAUCGCAUUCAUAGGAAGCCAAAUCGCCAACUUACCCAGAAGAAGACGACAUCAUGGAUCCUGUUACAUCGGGAAUGGACCCCACUGUCCCUCUGGAGGCCUUUACCAAUACGACAUACGCUACGGGUGGUGACUCGAGGUUAUACAAUCUCAAUGUAUUCUACAACCCCGGCGACAUCGCUUGGAUGAUUACAUCAACCGCUCUCGUGCUGCUCAUGAUCCCGGGCGUAGGCUUCUUCUAUUCGGGAUUGGCACGAAGAAAGUCUGCGCUAUCGCUACUAUGGCUGUCCGUCAUGGCGACGGCCGUCGUUUCCUUUCAAUGGUUCUUCUGGGGUUACUCUCUAGCCUUUUCGCACAAGGCUGGAAAGUAUAUCGGCACCCUGGAUAACUUCGCCUUAGUGGACGUGCUAGGCGCACCCUCGGUCGGAAGCCCGCGUAUUCCUGAUCUCUUGUUCUGUGUCUACCAGGGCAUGUUCGCUGCUAUUACCGUUGCUCUUGCCGUAGGUGCCGUUGCCGAGCGAGGACGCAUGCUUCCAUGCAUCAUCUACAUGUUUGUCUGGACGACUGUCGUAUACGACCCCAUCGCAUGCUGGACUUGGAACCCAUCCGGAUGGGUCUUCCAGAUGGGUGGUCUCGACUUUGCUGGUGGAACUCCUGUGCAUAUCGCAUCCGGAUGUGCUGCCCUCGGCUACUCGUACAUGCUGGGGAAGCGAAGCGGUCAUGGUACCCAGGAGCUCAACUACCGCCCCCACAACGUUACACAUAUCGUUAUCGGCACCGUCUUCCUCUGGGUAGGAUGGUUCGGCUUCAACGCUGGCUCCGCCUUAUCUGCUAACCUCCGAGCUGUCAUGGCGGCUGUAUGCACCAACCUUGCCGCGUGCGUUGGUGGAAUUACCUGGUGCCUGGUUGACUACCGCCUGGAACGCAAGUGGUCUACUGUUGGCUUCUGCUCUGGAGUAAUUGCUGGUCUUGUGACCAUCACUCCGGGAUCUGGGUACGUCCCCGCUUGGUCUGCUGUCGUUUUUGGUGUGUGCGGUGGUAUUGCUUGCAACUACGCUACCAAACUUAAAUACUUCCUCCGAUGCGACGAUGCGCUCGACAUCUUCGCUGUUCACGGUGUUGGCGGCUUCAUUGGAAACAUUCUUACCGCAUUCUUUGCUGCUGACUACAUAGCGCAUCUCGACGGCUACACGGUCAUCACGGGCGGCUUCCUCAACCACCACUGGAUGCAGAUGGCCUACCAACUUGCCGACUCCUUUACUGGCGGCACCUACUCCUUCCUCGGAACCUGUCUCAUCCUCGGUAUCCUCGACUUUAUCGGCAAAUUUAUUCCUGCCUUCAGGCUCCGCGCCAGCGAGGAGGAAGAGGCUGCUGGUAUUGACGACGUUGAGAUUGGCGAGUUCGCCGUAAGUUUUCCCACUCUUCCUUACUACUUGAAGUUGAACGAAUACUAA